AUGGUGUAUCGCACGCAAUCUAAUUUGACAGAAACCUUAGAGUCUCAUUCUGAUGUCAAGGGACAAAACGAAAAAGCUACUUCAACUGCUAUUGAUAUGCCUUCCACUAUUAGUGAACAAGGCUCUAGCACAAUUGAUGAAGAAGAAAUAAUCAAAAAAGAUACCUGGCUAAGUCUAUUUUACAAGAGACACAGACCUUGGUUUCAUGCUGCUUACUUUCUCAUUGCUACUGGAUUCUUGGCAGCAGCUUAUGCUCUUCAAGUACCUAAAGGCUAUAAUCAAGAAAACCUAAUUCUUGGUCUGAUCUAUGCUUUUCUUGCACUCAAACUUGCUACUAAAUAUAUACCUACUUCUUUUAUAAGUACAUCAUGGCUAUACUGCGUUGAAAAAGUAUCUCAGCCUCUCAAACGUGCUCCUGAACGCAUCCGAACUAUUGCCUAUGGUUUCUUUGUCUUGGCUGUGGUGGUGGUUACUGUCUUUUCUUUGCCCGAAAAACCUGAAUCCAUGCGUGUUCAACGCGUUGUUGCACUGUUUGGUAUGCUCGUUUUUUUCGCCUGUCUCUACAUUACGUCCAAUAACCGCAAACUUAUCAAUUGGAACACUGUACUUACUGGUAUCUUGAUGCAAUUCAUUUUGGCCUUGUUUGUCUUUCGUUGUACCGUGGGUCAUGAUAUCUUUCAAUGGGCUUCUACAUUUGCUCAAGGUUACCUUGAAAAAGCCACUAAUGGUACUUCCUUUGUCUUUGGUACUGCUACUGCUGAAUCAGGCGUGUUUGCUGUCACUGUGUUUCCUUCUCUUAUCUUCUUUGCUGCUACCGUACAAGUCUUGUAUUAUUUUGGUGCACUCCAAUGGCUUUUGAAGAAAUGUGCAGUAUUUUUCAUGUCCUUGCUUCAAGUAUCUGGUGCUGAAUCUAUUGUCGCUGUUGCUUCUCCCUUUUUGGGUCAAGGUGAAAACGCCUUGUUGAUCAAGCCUUUCUUGCCUUAUUUGACCAACUCUGAAAUGCAUCAAGUCAUGGCUUCUGGUUUUGCUACUAUUUCCGGUUCUGUCUUGUAUGGUUAUAUUGCCAUGGGCGUAUCAGGUCAAGCACUUUUAACUUCCUGUAUUAUGUCUAUUCCCUGUUCAUUGGCUGUUUCCAAAAUGCGCAUGCCUGAAGAUGAUGUACCUAUCACUGCUCAAGAAGUACGCGUGCCUCCAAGUGACGAAAAGCCAGCCAAUGUGCUCCAUGCUGCAGGUUCUGGUGCUGCCACUGGUAUGAACAUUGCUUUGUUAAUGUGUGCCAAUUUGAUCUCCUUAUUGGCUCUUUUGUAUGCUGUUAAUGCAGGUUUGACCUGGCUUGGUAAUUUCUUGACGAUCGAAAACCUGACUAUCCAAUUGAUUACGGGUUAUAUCUUUGUACCUGUUGCAUGGUUAAUUGGUGUUGAUAGCAAGGAUGUUGUUAUUGUAGGUCAACUGCUUGCCACUAAGAUCUGGGCCAAUGAAUUUGUUGCCUAUCAAAGUCUUUCUACGGAUUACAAGGAUGUUCUUUCUGAUCGUUCUCAUUUGAUUACGACAUAUGCACUUUGUGGCUUUGCCAAUUUAGGAAGUAUUGGUAUGCAAAUCGGUGUCUUGAGUACGAUGGCACCUAAACGUAAUGCUGAUAUUGCUCGGUUAGCUAUUUCUGCCAUGAUAUGUGGUGCUUUUAGUACAUGGAUCUCAGCUGCUAUUGCUGGUAUGCUUAUUUAA